AAAUUCCAUUUUCAUUUUUCCACAGAAAACAUCGACCAAACAAACCUCCGUCCGAAUGUCGAAAUGGCCUUCUCGGCGAACCCGUUAUCUCUAAGCGUCCCUGAGCCCGCCUUCGAGUCCUGGCUUCGCGACAGCGGUUACCUAGAAAUCCUCGACGAGCGAACCACCAACCUCGAUCGCUCUUCUUCCUCCUCUUCUUCCUCCGACCACCACCACCGCGUCACCAAUAGGACCACCGGCUCCACUACCACCGUCGCCACCGUCACCACUACCACCAAUGGCUUCUUCUCUAUUAUUUUCUCUUAUUUGGGUACCUUCUUUUCUCUCUUCACGCUAAACCCAUUUGCCAAGCUCACAACCGAUGACUUCGGCGGCGAGACCCCAUCCUGGACAUAUGGGUUCAUCGGACUCUGGGACUCCUACUCCUUGCCUUCCUCUCCUUCCCAGGCAAGGUUGAGGGUUCAGGAGAACUUGAAGCGUUAUGCUCGCAACUAUGCCACUCUUUCUCUCCUUUUAUUCGCGUGUACACUGUACCAGAUGCCGCUUGCCCUUUUUGGAUUGAUAUCUUGUUUGGCUCUUUGGGAUUUGUUUCGGUUCUGUAAUGAUAGGUGGAGGUGGGAACGGUACCCAUCUCUUCGCCAGAGUCUGCUUCGCACCACUCAAUGUGCAACUGCAAUUAUUCUGUAUUGCACCAAUGUUCAGCUAUCUCUCUUCUGUGCAAUUGCUGUGAGUUAUGCAGUCAUGCUUUUACAUGCCACACUUCGGAAGUUGACUCCUGCAAAGCAAGUUGCUCGGGUUGAUGGAAAUAAAAGAUCCCGACAAAACAAAAUAUAGAAGUUCAUACUUGUAGCAUCUCCUGUCCAAGUAUGAUUGAGAUAUCUUUGGCAUGCAUAGCUGCAAGAGUUCUGCAGGACGCCUCCAUAUUGCUAAAAGACAUGGAUGAUUGGAUGGCCCUGUCUCGAAGGAUAUCUGUAGAGGUUUCAGGCUCAUAUAAGCAUACGAUGCGUCUGAUUUUCUUUCACCUAUGGAACAUAUAGAUAAAAAAUUCUGCAUCUUGCCCUAUUGUAUUUUUGUCAAGAGUAGUAAUGUAGAUGAAAUACGGAAAAAUGAAGUUAUUUAUAUUUAGAUCAUCACGUCACUAAAAGAUGCUGGAGAGAAUUUAGGGUUGGUUAGGUUCACAGUUGGAAUUGGAAUGUUCUAUUCUCAUAGCCUGUUACAUGAGUCAGAAUCGAACUUGGAAUCA